GGGUACAAAUUGUGCAGUGAGGGUAAAGGGCUUGCUCAAGGGCCUGGAAACUCACAAACUUUCAAUCAAAAGUCUCAAGUCAUAACCACUGAGAGAUCACUUCCCCAAUAUAUGCAGGUAAUCUUGCAUAGUCUUUGCCAUUUUUUCAGUGUGGUUUUUGGUUAUAUUUUUGCCUAAACGGUUUAGGCUUCAGGUAGUUUAAUUUCAGAUUGUGUUUCAGAGUCAGUGAAUGUAAAUGUUUCUCAGACAAACCAGGUGUAAACAGGAGUUUGAAACAAGUUUUACUGAAAUAUGUGCAUUUCUGCUCUAUUUCUCAACACCUGCAUGCAGGAACGCGCGCUUCAUGCCAGUGAUUUCAUUGGCGACUUUAUUUAAUUCAACCCGGAGACUUUUAUUUUGAUAUAAUCGGAGAUUAAGUCAAGGCGGAAUUGAUAUUUAAUUGACAAACCUACGAAUUAGCAGUUUAGUACGUGAGUGUCUGAAACCAUAAACCGCCUGUUUGCUUUCAUCGCACUGCGCCUCGGUUUUCUUCAUCUCCUGUCACUGAAUCUGCCACAAUCGUGUACGAGGAGGAUGGCGAAUUACCGUGCAUUUCACACACAACUCGCGACCAUCAUGGAAACCCUGACUCGGGCGGCGGUGGCUGAAAUCUGCGAGCUGGUAGAUGACGGUUACGCGGUUUUACACAUGGAGAUUUCACGACACCAGAAGGAGAAUGAGGAACUCCGGCGAAAACUCCAGCUGAUCGACUCAAUAGUAGCUGCGCGCGGCUAUAGCGACGAGACCGCGGCCGUGCAGGAGGCCAUGAGCCGCCGCCACCGCGGGGAGCUGAUGCUUCUUAUCCAAAGGCACAUUCAGCUGAGACAGGAUACAGCUGAGCUGGAGACCAGCAGGGGCAGCUCACAACCUUCCGAUCAGCAGCCCACUCCGAUCAAAUCACGAGAUUCAGAGGAGCAUGCUCUCGUCGCAGUGCAUGUCAAAGAGGAAGGUCAGGAGCCACAAACUGAUGAUGACGAUGAUGACGAUGAUGACGAUGUUGCUGUGGUAACUCGUGAUUCUCCAGAUGAAAAAGUCAUAGCACUUUUGUCACAAAAAGUCGGAUCAGAUACAGCCUCUGGAAAUAAUGACCUCCUUACACAUGCUCUCGCCAACACACGCUCCCCGAGCCUACCUCCACACGUACUUGCAGACACACACUCGCACACUGAGGAGUCGCAACACUCAAGCGUGGAUCUAACAGCCUCUGAUGAACCUCUCUGUUCUUUUAACACACAGAGUAAUGUGCACUCGUUGUCUGAUACACACACUGAUGCCAGCGGUCAUAACCGUCCAUUUCCAGAUAAAAUGUGCAUGAAGAUGGAGCCUAUGGUGUCUGACAUGAAUAUUACUUUGGAUUGGAGAACACACCCAGUACAUACUACACUGUCACACUCCCACAGUUCUUCAGGUGGAAAUGGCACAAGGACACUGCAUACUGCCCACAAUUCCCCUCUUUAUACUGCACAGCACUUGCUUGGACUGGGUAAUGUGGCCGGGCUGGGGUUGUUUGGAGGACGUGGUUCCUUGCAAGGGGGUGGAGUUGGUAAGAGACAUUUUAUCUGUUCCAUCUGUGGCAAGAACUUCACCACAGCACAGAGCUUAGACACACACAUGCGCAUACACACAGGUGAGCGUCCAUAUCGCUGUGAACAGUGUGGCAAGCGCUUUACUCAGUCUGGCCACCUUACAGCACAUCAGACUGUUCACACUGGAGAAAGACCGUAUGAGUGUACACACUGUGGCAAACGUUUUGCAGGCAAGCAGUAUCUACGAAUACACACCAAGAAACACCACCCUGAGUAACAGCAGUUCAACAAACACAACAGAAAUGAUACACUAAUGUGCAUAUAUUUGUGUAUCCAUAAUAUACUCUCCAUGAAACACUACACUGAGUAAUAGACAUGUACCCACACAUGCUUUGCAGAGGACAUUAAAACAAAUUAACACAGAUGAAUAAAAUAAGUGUUUAGAAUUCAAAAACUCUAAAAAUGCUUCACAAACUAUAACACAAAUGUAUUCAAUGUGUGAGUCAUAAAGACCAAAUGUAAUUUGAAAUUAAAUAAUUACUCCACACAAAAUAACACUUUAGACAGGAAAACAUUUUGUAGGAAUUAUAGCAAAAUACAUGUGGGGAAAUACUACUCAGAAAUAGUCUUGUAAGCCAAAUAAAUAUUACAGUAGCUUCUAGGUUCAGGACAUUUUAUUAUUAUGGAACUGAGCUACGACAAACAGGAGGAAGACGGUAGAACUCCACUGGUGAUUAUAAAUGAUUGAGUGUUUUUUAUUUUUUAUGUGCUGCUGUUUUUCUUUAGGGAAAAGAUCAUACAUUUGAUCAUUUAAAUUUAACUUUGGAUGGUAGAAUAACAUGACUGAAGCAGAACUUUGUACAACAUAAUAUACAUUAUUUCAGCUAAACAA